AGAUGGUCCUCGGGAUCGGAACAAGGAACAUCGGGUUGAAUUGUCUUUCCUCUCAGGAUCUUUCAACGGUCAAAUAGCAAAUAUGGCAGAUCUACCACAUGUAUCGAAUUGGGUCAACGGUGCUUAUACAUCCCCGACGACAGAGCGCAUACCGGUUAUAAAUCCUGCAAAUGAGGCCCCAAUCGCUACAAUUGACGCGACACCACGUGAAACUGUGGACAACAUCAUUUCCGAUUCUCUUCUAACCUUCAGAGAUGGGCCAUGGUCACAGGCAGAUGCGUCCGAUCGAUUUGCAGUGCUGUCCAAGGCCGCGGUGCUACUCCGCUCUCGCAUUCCCGAAUUUGUUGAACUGGAAACCCGUCAGACAGGACGUCCUGUCCGCGAGAUGCGUGCUCAGCUGGCCCGUGUGCCAGAAUGGUUGGAAUAUUUUGCGUCCCUGGCACGCGUACACGAAGGUCGUGUUACCCCCUUCAAGGGACCGGUCGUGAAUACUCUUACCCGUCUUCCCUUGGGCGUUGUAGCUCAGAUCACUCCUUACAACCAUCCGCUGCUCAUUGCAACGAAAAAGAUCGGCGCUGCCCUUGCGGCAGGGAACGUGGUCAUUGUGAAACCAUCUGAGCUCGCCCCUCUAUCUGUCUUGAGACUCGGCCCUCUGUUCAAAGAGGCCGGUCUGCCCGAUGGGGUGUUGCAAAUCAUUUGUGGCUACGGGCGCGAGACUGGGAAGUUCCUGUGUGAGAACUCACAUUUGGCUAAGAUUGACUUGACAGGAGGCUUGGCAACGUACAAGGCUAUCGCUCCAUCAGCUGCUGAGAACAUGAUCCCAAUCACAGCAGAACUGGGCGGCAAAGCACCGGUCUGUUUGUUUCCGAGCUUAGAUGUGGAACAGGCAGUCAAGGCAGCACUUUUUGCGAGCUUUAUCGCAAGUGGACAGACUUGUGUUACCGGGAGCAGACUGCUGGUGCAUGCAGAUAUUUACGAUCGAUUUGUGAACCUGUUGGAGAGACGGGUCAAAGCACUACGGUUGGGCGAUCCAACGAACGAUCGAACACAGAUUGGAGCAGUCAUCUCGAAGGCCGCCGUGGAGAGAUGUUCUGCAUUUGUGGCUCGUGCUGUAAAGGAAGGAGGGAGAAUCAUCUGUGGCGGUAAUCCAACGAAUCUGGAUGGCAAAGGGUUCUUCUUCGAGCCGACAAUCAUCGAAACGCAUCCCGAUUCCGAUCUGUCCUGCAACGAGGUCUUUGGCCCCGUCAUUGCGCUCCUGAAAUGUGAGUCGGAGGACCAUAUAAUUAGCAUCGCGAACGGCACUUCUUUCGCGUUAGGAGCCUCGGUUUGGACGAACGAUUUCAACCAGGCCCACCGGGUUGCAGCAAAGAUGGAGGCCGGUAUUGUCUGGAUUAACGGACACCACCUCAACGACCCCUCGUCGCCAUGGGGUGGCUUCAAGGAGAGUGGCGUUGGCAAAGAGAAUGGACAAGAAGCCUACGAGAGUUACACGAAGGUCAAGAGUACUGUCAUCAAUCACGGCGUUCCCCCUAAUUGGUUCGACGAUGAGCCUGAAAAGGCGCGAUAUGGCUAGGGGGACGACAUGUUGGAUGGAGGUCAUAAUAUCCCAAUACGGUUGACCGAACGAUAGCAUAACAUAGCUCUUCAACGUUCAAGGCAAUUUUCAUCACCGUUGCAGUAGUGCUGUCCAGUAUUACCUCUAAUAGAGACCCGCUUGUGUUUUUGAAUCCACACA